AUGUUAACCCCUUUACUAUUUUUUGGUGGUAUAUUUUUUUUGGUAGUUAAUUCAGAGUAAGUAAGAAUUUCUACAAAAAAAAUUGUUGGAAUAUUUUUUUCAGAAACGUUUAUUGCACAUACUAUCGUGAAACUAAUGAAAUAACUUGCGGGUUAGUUUUUCUAAAAUUAAAAAUUUGAUUUUAAUUUUUUCAAACAUUUUCAGUACUGUCACAUGUUCCACGCAUAUUCCACCAAAUUCCGAUCUCGAAAAGGAGGGUCUCGAUGUGAAAUUGCCACGUGGAUGGUAUCGAAUCGGAACAAUGCAAAUUCGACACGACACAUCGUGGCUGAAUUUGUAUAGAAGAAGAGCAACCGGCAAUGGAUAUUGGGAUUUUUAUACAAAUAUUCCGGAGAGAAAUUGUGCCGGGUAGGCUCGAAGUUAAAAAUUUAAUUUGAAUUAAAAACAAUUUUUUUUAGAACUUUCGGACUUCACGCUGGUGACAAUAUUUCUGGAUCUGUAACUGUCAAAGACAAAAAAUGUUUCGAUCGUUUGAUUUAUCAGAUCGAGAAAAAAUCGACAAUCGAAAAGUUCGACGUUCAUCAAUGUCGAAAAUGCAUUUUCCACAGUUGUUGGCUCGGAAGUCGACUUUUACCAAAUGCAAGAGAAUACAUGACUAAUUUAAGAAGUUAUUGA